UCAGUAGCUAAAUUUGUUUCGUUGGAGAAAGAUGUUUGCCUAUUACGCUCUCGCAGUUAUUGCUUUCCUGAUAAUUUACUAUUUAGUAUUAAAACAUGAUCAUAGUAAUAAGGAACCACCUGGGCCAAAACCAUGGCCAAUUAUAGGAAAUCUGCUCGAUUUGGCAAAGGCAUCGGAUAACAUGACCUUAUCAAUGGGAACACUGGCAGAAAAAUAUGGGGAAAUAUAUUCCUUAAAGAUAGAUGGGAUCCAAAAGGACAGUCAUCCUCACAUCGAAAGAAGCCAUACAAACCAUCUUCACCAAUGAAGCCACCUUUGCUCGAGAUUUCUCUGGAAUGUUUGCAGAUCGAAGUUUUAAUAAAAAUUUAGGAAUUGCCCUUUCUGAAGGAGAAGUUUGGGAAAAGUUGAGACCUUGGGCGUUUAAAACUUUACGAGAAUUCGGUUUCGGCAAAUCUUCCGACAUGGAACAUUUCAUUCAGGAUGCAUCCCAGCGCUUAUUCGCCUCAAUUGACGACAAGAUCAGAACUGAUAAGAAGAGUUGUGACCUCGAUGUCGAGCUUCUCUUCAACGAUUCCAUUCUUUCGAUCAUGUGGCAAAUGAUUGUUGGUCAGCUUUCUCCAAAGACGAACCGUACAUCAAAACACUAGCGGAGAAAGGAGAUGCUUUCAUUCGAGCCAGCAUUUUUGGGACAGGGAUCGUCAAUGCAUUUCCAUUUUUGAGAUUCGUCUUUCCAAAGGCGUUAGGAUACGAUGUGCAAAUGGAUUAUUUCAACACGUCAAAUACAGUCGCACUAAACUUGUUCAAGGAAAUGCAAGAAAAAUGGACUACAUCACAUAUAACCCCGACAAAUUUAUUGGAAGCCUUUGUUCAAAAUUGUAGCACGGAUCCGAAGAUUUUUAAUAGUGAAAAUUUCCAGCUCACAUUUCAAGACUUGCAUCUCGCCAGUACCGACACGUCCAGCACUUACAUGGAGUUUGUGAUGCUGUACCUCGUAACUUAUCCGGAUGUACAGGAGAAGAUUUAUCGAGAAAUUUUAAAAGUUGCCCCGGAUGGGAGAGCCUUUCGUUUUUCAGAUAGAAAAGAGAUGCCGUACCUUCAAGCCUUCUUCUUGGAGACGCAUAGGAAGGGUCGAGUCCUCCAGAAUCUGUUGCCUCGUCGCGCUCUGUCAGAUCUUGCUUAUAAGGACUACAUUAUUAAAAAGGAUACCAUUAUCAUGGCCGACACGCGGCUGUACAAUGAAAGCGAAGAAAAUUGGACAGAUCCCGAUGCAUUCAGACCGGAACGUUUUCUUAACGAGGACGGACAAGUUGUGAAUGCAGGAAAUAUUAUCUCUUUUUCGUUUGGGAAGAGAAACUGUCCUGGAGAACUGCAUGCGAACAUUGUUGCCUUUUUGUUGACCACCUCACUUCUGCAACGGUACAAGUUGAGCGUUCCGAAAGGUCAUGAAAAGCCCAGGUUAGACAUGAGGCCUGGAUUAACUUUAAAACCGUACCCGUUUCAAGCCACAUUUGCCAAGCGAUAGGAUAAGGACAUCAAGUACUUAUAAGUUUUGAUAAGGUUAGAUAAGGAAUUAUAUUUGUCACAUGUGUAUGUUUUUCUAAAUUUCGAAGUAAUUUGUAAAGAUGGUGUUACUCGUAAUAAUAUGAGCUGUAUUUUGCCGAUAUGCUCGCCAAUUGAA